UAUGCAAACAGACCUGGAAGUCCGCAAGAUAACUGAACACUUAUAAAUACGUCGAAUAUCACCUAUCAGAGCACAGUUUAUCCGCGCCCAUGCGCCUUGCGUACUGUACAAACGUUUUUUAACACUAACUAUUCUACUAUCUUUCCUACUAAUACUUUCCUAAUUGAAAAUGGCACCCGGUGUCAUUUCCAAUACUGAUGCAAUUAUUAACAACCCUUUGGAAGAAAUUUCUUCCGCCCACGGCGAAACUCUAAUCAGUGCUCUGAUUGCUCAAAAAGAGCUUUCCCUUGAAAAAUGUCCCGUAGAUACCAAGCUAAUUAUCAAUGAAGUGUUUAAUGGCGGUAAAGUUGAAAACGGUACUAAGGUAAAUGGAGACGCGAAUGAAGCUGAAAUAAAUGGGAUUGUUCAUAUUAGCAUUGAGAAAACCUGUCCCAUUGGCCACACGGAUGGCGAAGUAGUUAUGAAAGAGCAAAACGGCGUGAAGGAUGAUCUAAAUGGAACAGUAGUGAGUAAAGAGGCAACUAAGAUGCAGUCUCGUAAAGUUGUAAAACCGAAAGUGCUGAAGAAUUUGGAAACUCACGAUUAUCUUUACGACCGCCUGUAUGACAGUGGUUGCCCUAUGGCGCCAACGCUUUGCAACGAGAAGUCAUGUCUAGGCAGCGUCAUGGCCAUACCUGGCCGCGGAGAUGUGCCAAGAGUACCGGAGGAAGUUCUCAACGAUGCCAAGGACUUUUUUGGCCAAUACUUUGCUUCCAUCAGAAGGGCAAACACCCCAGCCCACGAAGCGCGCUGGAACGCAGUCCAGGAGGAGGUAGCGAGAACCAGCACCUAUCAGCUGACCACCACCGAGUUGGUGUUCGGUUGUAAGCUUGCAUGGAGGAACGCUAGCCGGUGCAUAGGCAGGAUACAGUGGUCGAAACUUCAGGUUUUCGACUGCCGACAAGUAACAACCACAAGUGGUAUGUUCGAAGCGCUGUGCAACCACAUCAAGUACAGCACCAACAAGGGCAACAUCAGGUCGGCCAUCACCGUGUUCCCGCAGCGUAUAGACGGGGAGCACGACUACAGAAUAUGGAACAGCCAGCUGAUCAGCUAUGCGGGCUAUAAGCAGCCAGACGGCACCGUGCUGGGCGACCCGAUGCACUGCGAAUUCACUGAGCUUUGCCUGAAACUGGGCUGGAAACCACCUAGAACCGCUUGGGAUAUUUUGCCCUUGGUACUGUCCGCCAAUGGGAAAGACCCUGACUAUUUCGAGAUCCCCAGAGAACUCAUCAUGGAGAUUCACAUGACCCAUCCGACAUACGAAUGGUUUGAAGAGCUAAAUCUGCGCUGGUAUGCGCUGCCCGCGGUAUCGGGUAUGCGUUUCGACUGCGGCGGCAUCGAGUUCACCGCGAAUGCUUUCAACGGCUGGUACAUGAGCACGGAGAUCGGUUGCAGGAACUUUUGUGAUGUCAACCGGCUUAAUAUGCUUGAGAAAGUGGCCCAGAAAAUGGGAUGUGACACCAGAACGCCAGUGACCUUGUGGAGAGAUAAGGCUCUAGUGGAAGUGAACGUGGCCGUGUUACACAGCUUCCAGCAGCAUAAUGCCACCAUCGUCGACCACCACACCGCUUCUGAGAGCUUCAUAAAACAUCUCGACAAUGAAAACCGGCUACGAUCGGGCUGUCCGGCGGAUUGGAUAUGGAUCGUUCCGCCGAUGUCGUCAUCCAUUACACCGGUAUUUCAUCAGGAGAUGGCGCUAUAUUAUCUCAGGCCUUCCUACGAAUAUCAGGAACCAGCGUGGAAGACCCAUCAAUGGCAGAAGUCAAAGCCAAUCACCGGUAAAAGGCCGAUAAACAGAAAGUUCCACUUUAAGCAGAUAGCUCGAGCUGUCAAAUUUACAUCCAAACUGUUCGGCCGGGCGCUUUCUAAGAGGAUUAAGGCGACGGUUUUGUAUGCGACCGAGACCGGCAAAUCUGAGCAUUACGCCAAGGAGUUAGGGGUCAUAUUUGGACAUGCCUUCAACGCCCAGGUCCAUUGCAUGGCAGACUACGAUAUAACCUCAAUAGAGCACGAGGCGCUUUUGUUAGUUAUUACAUCCACUUUUGGAAAUGGUGAUCCUCCAGAAAACGGUGUGGCUUUUGGAGAACAUCUUUGCGAGAUAUUUUACGCAGAUCAAGUUGAAGAUGGGGCUCAGAACAUGCCGACACCUAAGUCCUUCAUUAAAGCUAAUAGCCAAAUGGAAAUGCAAAAAUUUACGGUGGGGAAUCCCAAACAGUUAAAUCGAUUGGAAUCACUUAAAGGAAGCGCCACUGACACGGUGUCCAUUGAUAGUUUUGGGCCACUCAGCAAUGUUCGUUUUGCUGUGUUCGCUCUGGGUUCCAGCGCAUACCCCAAUUUCUGCAAUUUUGGAAAAUAUGUGGACAAACUGCUGGGUGACCUCGGCGGCGAGAGGAUCCACGACGUGGCCACUGGUGAUGAGAUGUGUGGGCAAGAUCAGGCGUUUAGAAAAUGGGCUUCCAGUGUAUUUAAUGUUGCUUGUGAGACAUUUUGCUUGGACGAUGACGAAACACUACAAGAAGCAAAGAGAGCGCUAGGAACGGUAGCACUGAGUGAGCAAACGGUUCGGUUUACACAUCCAGAAAACAAAGCCCCGGCUUUGAUAGUAGCGCUUCAAUCGACUCUCAAUAGACAACUAGUGACGUGCGUUGUUAGGGCGAAUAAAGAUUUGGGCGAUGAAUCAGCUGAAAGAUCUACUAUCUUCAUUGACAUGGAACCAAAGGACGAAGUCAAGUAUGACCCUGGAGAUCACGUUGGUAUAAUUGCUUGCAAUCGUAAAGAACUGGUGGAUAGUUUGCUAGCACGCUUAAUAGACAUUGAAGACUACGACGAAGCUUUGCAGCUGCAGCUUAUGAAGGAAACGCAUACAUCAGCUGGACCGGUAAAAUCUUGGGAGCCUCAUGAAAGAUUGCCAAUAGUGAGUGUGCGGGAACUAUUCACACGCUUUCUGGACAUUACUACUCCUGCAACCACGAUACUUUUGCAGUAUUUGGCGACGACCUGUGAAAGUGAGGAGGAGAGAACACAGCUCAAUUUAUUAGCCACUGAUCCUGGAGCAUAUGAAGAUUGGCGGCACUUCCACUUCCCUACAUUGGCUGAAGUAUUGGAACAGUUUCCUUCAGCUAGACCAAGCGCAUCCCUAUUGGCUGCCCUGUUGUCACCUCUGCAACCGAGAUUUUAUUCCAUAUCGUCUUCACCUAUUGCGCAUCCCCGACGAUUACAUCUUACAGUGGCUGUCGUUACGUACAGAACUCAAGAGGGAGAAGGCCCUGUUCACUACGGCGUUUGCUCCAACUACCUUAUGGACCGAAAGCCCGGUGAUGAAGUAUACUUGUUUAUUAGAAGCGCACCAAACUUCCAUCUUCCCGAGGACUUAUCAGUUCCAAUUAUCCUCAUCGGACCCGGCACUGGCAUUGCACCUUUCCGUGGCUUCUGGCACCAUCGAAGAGCACUCCUGAACUCUCGCACUCGCAGUAACAUUGGCCCUGUUUGGCUUUUCUUUGGAUGUAGAACUAGGACUAUGGACCUGUAUCGACAAGAAAAGGAACAAGCAUUAAGAGACAAUGUACUAACCAAAGUGUUCCUUGCUUUAUCCAGGGAAAAGAAUAUUCCAAAGAUAUACGUUCAAGAGCUAGCUGAAAAAGAAGGACAGGAAAUCCACGAUUUAUUAUUAAACCGGGGAGCGCACUUUUACGUGUGUGGCGACUGCAAAAUGGCCGAGGACGUCAAUCAAAAGCUCAAAGGAAUCAUAAUGAAGUACAGCAACAUGACUAAAGAUCAAGUUCAAAGCUUCAUGUUUAAGUUAAAGGAGGAGAACCGCUACCACGAAGACAUCUUCGGCAUCACGCUCCGUACCGCCGAGGUACACAGCGCGUCGCGGGAGUCGGCACGGCGCAACCGAGUUGCCGCGCAGCCCUGACGCCGGUCCUCUCGCUUUAGACCCAACUCGCUCAUCUAGCAAGUACGCCCCAUAUCUAACAACAAUAUAUAUAUAUAUAUAUGAUAUAGUAAGUAAGCAUUGAUGAGGCAUGCGUACCAAAUCAAAGAUUACGGAAAACUUAACGGUGUUAGUUUUACACCAGUGAUGGUGAGAAAUUCAAUUCUUAUUCUUGAAACUAAUGGAGUUAUACAACGUAUAGGUAUCAUAUACAUAAAUAUUAGGUUUUGGUCUAAUCGCAAAAUCUGACAGCAUUGAAUACUCAUGAGAGCUCAGGCGUGGCAAAUCAGCCCGUUCUCUGGUGUCCUCUUAUGUAUUGUUUUAUGUUCAAUUUCUUACCGUGCAAUUCUGAUAUUUUCUAAACCCGCUGAGAUUUUAAUGCAAUAUCUUUUACGGUUUUUAACUUGAUGGGUAAAUUUUUCAUACUUUUAUUGUAUACAAAUUGUGAUGAGCCCAACGGGACUGUAAUAAGAUGCUGAAAGCCAGACUUAAACAUGAUUUUAUAUAAUGAACUUUUGUUUUGUAAUUUGCUGUAUUGCUAUCAGAUGAGCUUCAAUUUUGGUUUGCAAACUUAAUUAGAAUUAUAAACGCCAGAGAAACAUCUAAUUAACAAAUUUCGGCCAAACGUUUUAAUGAUCUCUAUUUAAAUAGGUUGUGCAUAAUGAGAAGUAUACUUAGUGUAAAAAUCCUAUAUUGCAUUACAAUUUACGUUGUUUGCAAUUAUUCAUGUGAUUGUUGGUUUGAUAAUUGUAGCAAUAAAUGACCAGAUUCCAUUUUUCUAAGUGAAAUUGUAAAAUUUUGGAAUGAAGUAAAGCAGGGUGUCUGUAAAUGAAUAACGCACAAUGCAUUAUAUUUUCUACAUUAUUUAAAAAUCUAUCAACUACUUUAAAUAAGAAUGAGCUAUAAAAAUUUAUAGAAAAUAAUCGUUAAUAAUAUUUCAAUGUAAUAAAAAAGUGUAUCAAGCUAAAAUUUUGUCCAACACAGUGUGCUUGCAUUUCAUUAAGAAUAUUAAAAGACAAAUUAUAUUAUUCAUUAUUUCUCCGUAAACAGAAUAAUACAACGAUACAUAGUAUAAUUUAAGAAGGUCUUACUAGUUUUUAAGUUGUGUACAGAUUAUUAUAUUAAUUUAUUGAUUACUUACUAUGUAAAUAAAAGUAAGUUAAGUUUUAUAUUUUAAUUGUAAAUUAUUUCAGAAGUCAGGGCUUAUUUUCAUAUUAUUUUGUCGCAAACGUAAUAUAUUAUUAAUUAAUCGAGGAAAGUUAUUUACAUUUUAAAAUAAUAAUAUUACAUACUGCUUAAUAAAUAAUAAUCAUAGUGUUUAAAAAUAUCAAAAGUGGCCAUUGCCAAACACCAAAAAAUAUCACGUUAAAACUUAUAAAAUACUUAUAGGCUGACUUCUUUUGGUAUUUAUUUACACAUGGCGGUUUAAGAACUUUAACACUUUGUGACAUUUUCAACCAAAAGGUACCACAUUGUCGCUUGUCAAUAAGGUUGAUUUUCAAUUGAAGCUAUGUGGAAAUAGCGCCUUAUUGACAACCGACAAUAAGUACCCUUUUGAUUGAGAAUGGCACUUUUGCAUUGAACUAUUAUUACUAACGUAUAGAACCAGUAUGUCGUGCCAUGAGUUGAUGUUGUUGUGACAACAAACCAUAGAAGCGGAGCGUGAGUCUCGCGUCCUAAACGCAUCAUUAAUUUUUACGGCUCUUACGACGUUUUGUUCGCGUGGUACAGGUUGCGAUUGCGACAAUUUCAUUCUUUAGUAUGGCUUCUCUAUAAUAUAGUAAUAAUAUUUCAAUGAAUAUUUGCGACAAUUUGUCUCCAUUCUGUGGUAUUUUAAAAAUUGUUCUGUCCUUUUAUGCAAGGUGUGUGUGUUGAAUUUGUGAUCUUGUAAACUAGUUGUAAGAAAUGUAUUCAUAUUUUCUAUUAUGCAUGUUCCAAGAAUUUAAUAUACAAAUAAAAUCUUUCUGAUACCUAAUAUUUCUACAUUACAAGAAAAAUCCUAAUUAUAUCUUAUUAUUGUAAUAACUCGAUAUUUACAAAUAACUGAGUUCAUUGGACUUAUAUUGACCGAGAUAUUUAUUUAUUUUAUUUAAACUUUAUUGCAAAGUAAAAGUUGUUCAAAAGGCGAACUUAAUGCCUGAAGGCAUUCUCUGCCAAACAGAGAUCAAAUAUAGUGAUAGGUGCGGGAAAUAUAUGGGAAAUAUAAGAUAUGGACCGUGACUAUCUUUUGUAUUGUUUUUGAGCUCCCGAUAUUUCGAGAACAAUACAAAAGGUAAUCACGAUCUAUAUUCCAGUCAAUAUAAGUCUAGUGAAACUAACCGUGAAUCAUUCAAAACUGUAACUGAGUUCAUAUCUUAUAAUAGAGUGCACGAAUAAAAUAAUAAUAAUGUUACUGUCUAAAUCAUAUCACGCAAAUGUUAAAAAUAAUUAUGCACUAUUUGAAAUAAUAAAGACUACUAAUUUAAACAUGUUACGCUGUCGAGUAUAAAACUUGAAUUUCAAUACAUUUGUCUGUAAUUGAUCAAAUAAAGUUCCUUCAUAUUCGAAAAUA